UGCUGCUGCCGCCUUCUCUGCAGCUGUAAAACAGUCCAAACGUUGGGAUUAAGCUGCUGCUUUCCCCCGGGUUGACAUGCACUUACAACGCUAGGUGUGAAACUAACUUUGGACCAUGACAGAGAGAGCCGAGCAGGACCGGGUGAGCAGGGCGAGCUCGUCCAAGACCCGGAGGAGGAAGAGCGAUGCCACCCCGACCAAGACCCCCACCACCAAGACCCCCAUCACGGCCUGGCUCUGCAGCCCGCCUCCCCCCACGCUGGCCUGCCCCCUCUGCGGUCAGUUCGUGCCCAGGUUCCGGAUCAAUGAGCACAUCGAUCUGCAGUGCCAGAACUUCGACAGAGGAGACCACGUGGUCGCCUCGGGGAGUAAACACGUCGAGACAAGCGACCAGAAAGUGGGAGAAACAGAGGAAGGGACCAAGACCAGCCCUUAUUUCAAGAAGAAUAACUCCCAGCAGGCACCGCGGGAGAUACAGAGCAAGACUGUGGUGAGAACCAUCGACCUGGGAAGACUGUCCUCCAAGUUGUCCAGGGAGCAUCACAAGACACCUGAGAGGAAACACACAGAGGAGAAACAUGCACCUGAGGAGAAACAUGCAUCUGAGGAGACGAGUCCCCCCUCCGAGACACUCGGCAGCUCCCAGAAGGAAAAUGUUGUGAUCCUGACGUCAGGGGACGAGGACGGCUCCAUCAGCGGUCCUGAUGCUGAAGCAGCAGUGGGGAAUCCACCGUGUCCUCAACACAAACCACUCAAAUCAGGGACGCUUCACACAUUAGUUACCCCAAAAUCCAAACCUGCAAAGAGGAAAAAGGGAAUAUCCUCCAGAGUUGGUUUGUCUGGUUUCCCAAAGAAGGCAAAACACGAGGAGAGCGGAGAGCAAAAGGAGACGUCCUCUUCUGGAAGUACAGCUGAGACCACUCACCCCGACCCCCGGGAAACGGAGCAGUCCUCCUCUUCUCAUCAUGGGCCGGCGUUGGGCUCAGAGGAGACGGGUUUGACCAGUGUGGAGGUUGUUGGUGGGGGAUCAGGGCCGGAGUCUGACACUGAGAUCGCCGCCUGCGACCAGACCCCCCAGACCCCUCAGACCCCUCAGACCCCAUCACUUCCCUACUACCUCCGUAAUUUCCGGACCAUCCUGCAUGCCGUGCUGCAGAAUGAGGACGACAGGGCGUUGUUCAACCAAGAUGAUAUGUCCCCUGUGCAUGCAUUCGAACAGCUGUCGGUCGUGGGUCAGAAGCUGUAUGUGAGACUCUUCCAGAGGAAACUAAAGUGGCUCCAACUGAAUAAACUGGAUUAUGAAGAAAUAUUCAGCGAUCUGCAGCCUGUUUCACAGGAGCUGGUCCAGGGGGGGUUCUUACAGACUGAGGAUGAGCUGGAGGACUUGGGGGAGGCGCUGGACCUCCUGCCGGCUCCUGGACUCAAAGCUCUGGCAAAGACGUUCCAUCUGGGCGGUUCUGGGACCCAGAAGCAGCAGCUGGUGGACGGGCUUCUCCGCCUGAGCAGGCAGAAGUCUUUAUUCUCCCUGACACCCCAAAGCAACAUCGGCACCGUCAUCCUCAAGAGGGCGAAGCAGCUUGCAGGAUCAUGCGUGCGUCUAUCUCGAGGUCCUCGGGCGGUUUUCUCUCGCAUACUUCUCCUCUUCUCUUUGACAGACACAAUGGAUGAGGAGGAGACGGCCGCCGGAGGGCAGAACCAGCUUUUUACCAUCCUUAUGGUGAACUCGGGGCGUCUGGCCUUCCCGGACUACGUGGUGCAGCGAGUCGCCCGAGUGUUUCAGGACAGAGAGGACCUCAUCAGGUAUGAAGCGUCCAUGCGAGCCCUCCUGGAGAUCACCUCGGCUAUGCAGAGCGGGCAGUGGGAGGUGGCCCGGGAUCUUUACACCUCUGCCAAAAGCGCGUGGCAGGAGCUGAGGAAAGAAAGGGACCUGAGCCACCAGGAAGAGCUGCCCGAGUUCCUGCGCAGCUUCACCACAGGGUGGGCGUACACCCGGAUCCUGUCCAGAGGAGUGGAGAUACUGCAGAGGCUGCGCUGCUAUGAGGACGCCGUCGAAGAGCUGCGGUCCUUACUGCGCCAGUCCGUGUACUGUCUUGACAGCCGCGGCCGAUGGUGGGACAGACUCGCUCUCAACCUUCACCAGCACCUGAAGAAACCAGAGCAGGCCGUUUGUGCCAUCAGAGACGGGCUGGCCGACCCGCGGGUGCGGACGGGACAUAAACUGUCGCUCCAUCAGAGAGCUGUCAGGAUGAAAGAGUCGGCGAGCUGCAGGAAGCAGCACCUGCAGCUCCGAGACCUGCCCACCGUCCAGGUCCAGGAUGUCCAUCACGUGACCAUCCGAGGACAGCUGUUUCCUCACGAGGGCGGCACGGGGAAGUCCAGGUUUCUUCUACCAGCAAAUGAAGAGGGGGAGGGGGGUGACGGCGCCACCGUCAUAUGCUCCGUAGAAGAGCUGUCGUUGGCACAUUACCGACAGCAAGGCUUUGAUCAAGGGAUCCACGGGGAGGGCUCCACCUUCUCAGCCUUGUUCGCUCUCCUGAUGUGGGACGUGAUUUUCAUGGAGGGCAUUCCAGAUGUUUUCAGGAAUCCAUACCAGACGUGUCCGCUGGAUCUUUACACCGACUGUUUCUACGAGAACAGAAGGGAAGCCAUCGCGUCUCGUGUCCAGCUGCUGACUGAAGCGUCUGCGGAGACGCUGUGCAGCAUUUUGGAAGAUGUCUGGAGCUCCCAGGAGGGAAAAGCGUGUUCACUGAUCAACUGGGAGCGAUUUUCCUCCCUUCAACAGGCGCAGUCGCUGGUGGAGUGCCUGGGUGGAGCCUUCUUGGGUGGACUAAUAGACCGGAUGGCCAGAGACUACAGACACUCCAGAGGGGGCCUGCCCGAUCUGGUGGUGUGGAACACUUCUACCAGCACCUACAAGCUGGUGGAGGUGAAGGGCCCCAGUGACCGGCUGUCCCAGAAGCAGCAGAUCUGGCUGGAUGAGCUGCAGAAGCUGGGGGCCCAUGUGGAGGUGUGUCAUGUGACUGCGGUUGGAGCCAGAGGAGCCUCCCUGGAGGAAACAAAGAAUUAACUGCCUGAUCAUACUUCACGUCUAAAUAAUUAAAUAAAACUGAAAUAUUAUAAGACACUCUCUGGGAUUGUGGUUGGGUACUUUAACAGACUUAUCCAGGUCUAAUGAGGACUGUAGUACUGCUCACCCCAGCUGAGGACAUUCUUGCCCUGUCUUUUAAAUAAAUGUUGAAGUCUUUAGAGCUUAAUCUCUAUUCCACAUAAAUUCUGACCAUAUUUGAGUUCAUGAAGUGUCUGAUGACAUGUAGCAUCAUUGUCAGAGAAGCAGGUACCUUCAACAUAAGAGAGUAGCACAUGAGAAAUGGAUCCUUAAAGAGCGAUGACAGGACCAGAACCUGGAAAUGAGUUUAUUUAUGACAGAAAUUAUCCAAUAACCACACUUUUUCUGAGCAAAAACUAUAUUCUUAGAUCUGUGGUUACUAAGCAACCAAAACUCAGAUAUUUCUGUCUGUUUUAAAAUGCAUGACAGCUUUAUGAGCGUAAUAUGGAAUUGCUUUCUAUAUUAAUAUCACUGUGAAUAUGCAUCUUUGCAGCUACUCGUUUUUGCCUUCCAGACAUCAGCUGGUACCAAGAAGGAGGACUUUGUUAAAGAUUCGUUAAAGAUCGUCUGUUACCCUGCAGCAUGGCAGGUUUUUCUGAUGAAAAGGGCAGAUACAAGAGUUUUAUGUUUGUUUGGACAAAAUGUCUUUCUACCUUUUCCAGUUCAAAGUAGAUCAUUGUGUGCAUGCACGUGUGUACGCAAGGGAGAUUUCAUUUUGUAAAAAUGAAUAAUAAUAAUAAAUAAAUUGGGGAAUA